AUGUCAAGCACAAGGGCAUUGACAAGCCUUCCAUUAGUUGAAAGCCUAGGGUUCAACUGGAUAUUUCUUGUCGAGUUGAUUGUUUGCGGUAUCCUAACCCUCUUCUUCCUCUUCUAUUUCAACCGAGUCUUUGCAACCGUUCUGUCCAUCCUUCUUCGAUUAUGGACAUGGCACGUACACCGAGUCUACAUCGACAUACAAGCGCUACAAAUAUCUCUCCUAGGUGGGAGGAUAUUCUUCAAAGGGGUCAAAUACCAUGGCAAUAACGAGACGAUCUUGAUUCACAGUGGCUUCAUCACAUGGCGUUACUGGCUAAGGAAUGUUAAAGAGUUGGAUGUUGGCUCAGGUCAAAAUGCUGCCAAAAGUGUCUCCUCAGACAACGAUGAAGAACGUCCGGCAACCGUUGAGGGAGAGGAAAAGGGGGGCAAAAAAGGAACAGCGAAGCUCCCUUGUCGUCUCGAUGUUACACUAAGUGGAUUGGAGUGGUUCGUCUACAACAGAAGUGCUGCCUACGAUUCAAUUGUUGCUGGUCUCACUGAAUCGAUCCCAGAUGAAAGCUUACCGAUAAAUGGUGAGCAAGAUGGGAAGCCACGCAAAAGGGGUCGAGGAAAGGAUCGUGAGAAAAAAGAUCAGGAACAAAAAGACUCUCUACCGAACGUAUCUCCAGAUGCUGAUAGCGAGGGCACGCCACUCACAGAAAAGAGUACUUUUUUGAGUGAAGAGAUAAGAAUGAGAAAGGCUUCAACAGCAUCUCAACCCGAACAAAGUGUCUCGGAUGACGGCAAUAGCACAAGUUCAGAGGGUUCUUUUGUUCUUCGUUUUCUUCCUAUCCAUGUCACCUGUGAAAAGGCAGCAGUCGUUCUCGGAAACGAAAAUACGAAGAGCAUUUUGAUCACGAAAGUUGAGAGAGCUAUUGGUGAGAUUGACGCAACGAAGUCGGCAACAACAUUGGAUCAAUACCGCCAGUUGAUCAACUUCAGAUUCGUGCAUCCAGUUAUUCAAAUGAAGCCCAAUGAAGAUUACAAGGAGGACCAAACGACCGCUGCGUCCCGUCUCAAGCGUGGCGAGACCGAUCAACCGGAUCACCACCACUUUCACAGGCGCCCCUUUUUUCAUCGCCAGCGCAGGAAAAUAUGGCAUCGAUUGCAGGAUCUAGUCCCUGCAUUCCGUAGCUCCGUCGAAUCCUUUUCUAGCAGCUCACAUGAUCCACCAGGUACACCUGCGCAAGGUGGUCCAGGAUCGCACAGUUGGCAAGGGCUUUCGCGAUAUCUAGACGAAGGCGAGCAAGAUGAUAGGGCUAGGUGGUCUUCUAUCGAAUACGCAACAGUGUCGGCAAUCGUUGAUUGUCCCGAAGCCAACAUGUGCUUCUAUUGGGAUGCUGUAGGAACUGUUAAGGAUGGGCCUGGUGUGAAACAAGGGACGCGUGUCGGGAACAUCAACGGAGACGUUCCACCGGAAUGGGGAAUCAACCUGACUUUGAAGGGUGGAAUAAUCAACUACGGACCCUGGGCUGAUAGGCAACGUGCUGAUAUCCAGCAAGUGUUCUUCCCAAGCUUGUGCAAAGACUCCGUUCCAAGUAAAGACCUUGUCCCUGGGCAAUUUAGGGUACCCACGGAGUUCAAAUUAUACAUCGAAUUUGUAGAAGCGGCCACACUCCGCAUCCCAAUCAAGGAGGAGUCAAAGAACUGGAAGUGGACGAAACAAGCAGAUACGAUGGGUGUGGUACUCAGCGACCAGAGGCGGUUAGGGAGAGGCAAUCGAAAAAAGAAGACAGACAAAGGGAAUCCGGGACCAGAAAUUCGGCCCUUUGGCUGGAUAGAUAUUCGGGUUGGGGCAAACGCUACAAUCAGUUAUGUCAUGGACAUGGUUCCUGGCCCUUCUGGGUUUUCGAAUAGACUCAAAUUGGGUCUCCCCAACAUGGAGAUUCAGACGAGCGUCAAUCACGGUGUUCUGUGGCGCUCUAUCGACAAUGAGGUUUCUUGUGAUCUGUCUAGCCCUUUGCAGUGGAAUGGAUAUCGUACUUGGACAUUCGAUGUGCUCAGCAGUAGACUUGAGCUCUUUAUCCUUCGAGAGCACAUCUUUCUACUUACGGAUCUUGUCGAUGACUGGGCCAGCGGACCUCCACCGGAAUACCUUACAUUUGCUCCUUUCAAGUACGACGUCAAACUACAGCUCUCGGAUUUUAGAAUAUACUUGAAUGUUAACGACUCCAAUAUUAUCAAUAAUCCGUCAGAUUUUGACGACAACACAUAUAUCAUCAUCUUUGGUGCCCAACUGGAUGCAGAUGUCGCCAUUCCUCUUGACACUUACCGUCCUCACCGAAACGAUAUACCUUUCAAAGUCAGUGCAAGACACGGGGGCUUGAACCUCAAUGUCCCCCCCUGGAAUACUCAAGCGACCUUCUUGAACUCUAUGGAAAUAGCUACGCUAAAGGAGCUUGAGAUCGAUGGAAAGUACCAGUACUGUGCGACAACCUCAGCCAGCAAUACUGACACUUUGCUAAUUAACGUACAUGGACUUGGUCUAACUGCUCAAUUCUAUGGCUUUGUGAUUCGCUAUUAUCUCAAGAUAGUAGACAACUACUUUGGCGAUGACAAUCACUUCAAGACCAUUGAGGAGUACCAGGAACUUCUCCGUGCAACUGAACGGGGUGAAGGAGAUGCGGCGAAUCCGCAGCCGCCGCACAAGAAGUCGAAUGAUUUCGAUGUCAUAUUGAGCCUGAGCGCAGAUGAAACCAGCGUGAUUCUUCCUUCCAAUCUUUACUCAUCGACGAAUCAUAUCCGCAUUGACAUUGCUACUCUUGCUUCAGACCUUCGUUUUACCAAUUAUUACAUGGACCUAGAAGUUGCCUUAAGUACUUUGGCAUUCUCUCAAGGCAGUGAUGAUGAUGGCAGAAGUACGCCGAUAAGCGCAACCUCCAGCACUCAGUUGUUUAUCGAUGGCAUCAAUGUCUAUGGGAAUCGACUCUUCGGUUUGCCCCCAGCAGAACCAACCUACAUUUGUAAUUGGGAUUUUGCUGUGGGCGCUGUAUCCGGGGAGUGUACUUCGGAGUUUUUCACCCGAUUAGCCAAUGGAGGAAGAGCUUUUGGGUUCUCCUUUGACGAUGGCGAAAAUGCUCUGCCUCUCAUAUCUCAACCUGUUGUACACGAUGUAACAUUUCUCAGAGCCUCCGUCGAAUCAGUAUGGGUGUGGCUACAUGUUGACGAGGCUGCAUUCUUAUUCGCCACAGAAACUAUAUCUGUGACCUUCAACGACUGGGCAGGCUCACACUACUCGAAGAAACUGAAGUUGCAGCUUCCUGGUUUGCAGAUUGGAUGUGUAGAUGCGGAGUCGGCAUCAAGACAUAGGUCAAGGAGUCAGCAUCCGGUUGAAACUCACGCCCUGCUCAAAACAUCAAUUUCGUUCUCAAUGAUACAGAGAAAUCCCGGAUUCGAGGAAGAUCGCCUGCUUCAACAAGAGCACAUCAAGCGACAAGAUCAACGAACACGCCGAACAGAAUUUCUCUUACACCCUCAUUUACUCGACCAUUCAAUGAUAUUUCCAGUUGAUCCGCCUGCCAUGAGUGUGCCUCCAAUGCCUUCGCCAAUCAUACAGGAUGAGAAGCAAUCCUUGACGUCCACCAAAGGAUCGUCUCUACCCCAUCGCAAGACCUUACUGGGCCGUCAGAGCUCUUUUAUAUCCAUCUCUAGCUCUAGCCAGAAAAGCAGUCAUAGCAUAGUUCGUCCCCGAAGUGAUUUGAGAUCAGGCGAAGCGCAAUCACCACGGUCGCGGAGUAUGCAAACUAGUGCGGGUCCAAAUCGUCGUAUUCCCUUUCGAGACGUUUCGGUUUCGACCGGCAGGCAGCCCUCCUUCUACAGUGCAGUGGGAGAGAAUCGAGGCUUACAGUCAUCCACUAUCACGUUCUCAAGCUCAUUUAUGGCACCACACUUCCCCUUGGAAGGGGUGCAACCGGAUGCAAGGGACCUUCCAAAAUAUUCGAAAGACGCUCACGGAACAUCUGACGAGCCCCAACUCGGAUUGGAUGAUAUACGUCAAGACAGAGUUGACGAAAAGACGGGACAUGCGAGCUUUAUGCUCGAGUUUCCUAGUGGCAUACAAGGUGUAUUCAAUCCCAAGGCUGCCGAUGCAAUUGUUAGCCUCAUUGCGGCAGUCCAAGCAGUUGAGCCUGCUGAUCUGUUGGAUCAAUUGCAAAUGGAGUCGACAAGCGACAUUAUGGAUUUGCCCAAAAAGAAUCUCCCGACCAGUGAAGUGAUCGAUUUUGUGGUGUAUACUCCGGCAAUCGAUGUGCGAUUCAUAAAUUCCACUACAUCAUCUAGAGCUGCACAUGAAGACAUGAGCGACCAGUACGACCUGUACAUGUCCAAGCUUGCCGCAACGAUGAGAUCCGAGACCAUGGUACCAGACGGAAAUACUUCAGACGAAUUUCGGAAAUCUUCCAUCAUCCAUGUCUCUCUCGCUGCAGCCGGAGUCUCAGCAAAAGAAAGAUUUAACGGCCUAGAAGAACCCCAGGCUGCCGUCAACGGUCUUGUCGAAGACGUAGUGUUCUGGGCAGUCUCGAAAGACGAGACCUCGGUCAAUGUGGCUUUCAAAGGAUUCGAGCUUGCCACCGCUAGUAGCAAAAUUGAGUAUCUGGCUUCAAUUCUGCAUCGAACUAAAGUACUAGUCAUCGACCUCGAGGAGUCGUUUGCAUCUCAACUGAGACAACAACGAAUCCGUGUCCAACGCUUCACAUACCUUGUUGCUACUGCAGGGCAAGGAGCAGCAGACCCACUGUUCUUGACAAGACCAUCCAUUGUGUUGCGCUCAGCAUCAAGUCACUUGCGGACAAGCGAUUCAUGGAAGAUUGUUACUCGCUUACGUCACAUGUUUGAUACUUUAGAUCAGUCGCACAAGCAGGAGAUAGCUAUGCGUUGUCUCAGUAAUGCAGAAGUGCUCCCCGACGAUGCUCAGCAGCAAGUCCAGGCCAGUUUUGAUCAAUGGCGUAGCUGGGAUCUCAACAACAUCAACGGCUGUCUUGCAAUGGCAAAGGUAUAUGGUUCCCCGGCAGAUAGCGUUACAGAAUCUCAAGCGCACCCUCUCGCAGUUUCUCUUCGAACCGAGUACUUUCGUCUUGUGGUGGACCCUGGGCCGAAGCAGAAUGAAAUCACUCUCUCGAACAUGAGCGCUGUUGUCCAAACGAAGUCUCUUAUCUUCUUGUCGGAUGUUGGCCCCGAGGAAGACCCACAAAGAGUACAGAAAACUAUCGUUCAGCUGUUUUGCGCUGAUGCAUCUAUCAACCUAAAUUGGGAACUAUGUGAGCUUGUGGAGAACAUCAUAAAACUCUACAAUCAAAACGAGUCAAAGCCUAAAGCUUCACCUAGUAGCCACUCACCCAUCAACAAAACAGUCGAGCCGAAGCAGAAGCAAGAUUUACAGAUACUAGUUGUUACUGAUCGGGGAUCAAUCAUCAUCGACACCAUAAACAUCAGACUCUCGUCGAUCAGCAAGGGCCUCAAGGCUUCCUUUGUCAUGCUUGGUUCACCUAAAAUGGAGGGUCGAAACAUUGCAACUUUUAUGCUUGCUGCGGAGGCUGUUACUUCCAAAAUAAAGAGUCAUUCUCAGGAUUUGACAUUAUACCAGCUUCGAUUUCCGACCAUCUACUGUUCAUUCGAAUCUGAGAUAGUCAACGAAGCAGCGGUCAAUAUUUUCAAAGUAGCUGGUAACUGUCAAGACCUCUCCUUCGCUGUUCGGCAGGAAAUUCUGGCAUUGAUAGAAGUUCUGGAUCUUGUUGUUGGUGACGAAGUCGCUCAACUCUACCAAUUGAGUAAAAAAUUGCCUUCAGCCAAGCCGUCGAAGGUAACGGCUCCUGCUACCAUUGAGAACAAAUCCUCAACGAAAGUCAAUGUUGCACUGUUUCUCGACAAAUAUACCAUCAGUCUACCGCUGCUUCAGUCUCUGACAUACAUCGUUUCUGGUGUCGUAGCGAGAGCUUCACUGGCUGCGCAAAUGGACUCGGAGAUUCUCUUCGACUUUGAUGUAAAGGAACAUUCGCACGACAUUCAGACUAUUUCUUCAAACAAGUUCAAAAGUAUCUCGCUCUUACAGAUGCCUCCGACGAACGGCCGAAUUACUACCCAGUUGUCCGAUGAAGAGACUACGAUCUCAAUCAUAGCAUCUGUCGAGCCCGUCGAGUUAGAUGCUGCCGCAGUUCAUAGUCUGCUGACUGCCCUCAACAGGCCAGAGAUAUCGAGCGUCAUAUCCGAUGUGCAAGACGACAUCAAGGUUGUGCAGUCUCAUAUCGAAGAAAUAUUUGGCCCAAAGGCGAAGCCAUCGGCAAAACCACCUCAGGCAAAAUCACCACAGGCAAAACCUAAGCCUCUCAUAUACGAUGCCCAUUUAACUUUGGCAGGCUUUGAUGUAUUCGCGAAUGCACAAGGGGCUGACAAAGAAUUCAAGGCAGUAAGGUUAGAUCUGAAUCUUGGUUGUAUUCAACUAGUAGUUGCAAAUCGCCUCGAGGAAAUUGGGCCAGUUCUCGAAUUCCCCGAACUGCGAAUGAACAUGCGCCAUAUCAUGUUUGAGCUAUACAGGUGGAAUAAAGGUACCAUGGAGCCUUGUGGCAAUCUUGCCUUCGCCGCUUCCUUAACAGCUACAUCGAAGCUGAAUGAUACUCGGGGUGAGAUCAGAUCGUUCCAUGUGAAGAGCGAAGGACUGGAAAUCAACUUGUUUGCUGAUACUGCUUCGUCAUUUCUGGAUGUAUUGGGCCAUCUGCAGCACAAGAUCAAGGACCUUGACUUUUCGCGAGAGAAGAAUUACCUCCGAAAGCUACGCAAACCAAAGCCACGAACUACAGUUCAUGACGAACAGGAAACACCGGAUGAGAGCGCUCCUGGGUCGAUGAUAAUUUUCGCUUCCAUGUAUUCCUUGGAGCUACUGAACAUACAAGUCAGCUGGCUUGUAGGAACGUACGAAUCCAUACAGUCAUCGACCUCUGAAAGAGAGGAUCUUGUUCUCUCACUCAAACGUAUCGGUCUCUCCACACGUAGGGAAAAUUCUGCUAGAUUGGCCAUUGAGGACUUGCAGCUGCAGAUGGUUCCUGUCUCACAAGAUAAGCUUCAGAGAUCUCUGAAUUCAGCUUUGCUACCAGAAAUCAUCUUCAACGUCGGUUAUGUUUCAACGGCAGACACUCGCCGCUUUGCUUUCCAAGCUGCCGGAAAGUCUUUGGACCUGCGCCUGACUUCACAGUUUAUGUUACCUGCAUCGGAAUUAGCCAAAUCAAUUGGCUACGCUUCGGACAAAGUUAAGGCAGCCACAGCAUCUUGGUCUACUCCCAGUACCGGGACUCCCACAAAAACGAUCAGACGCCAGCCAUUCCUCGGUAAGAAGCGCAUGGAGUCACUUCUUGUUGAUGCCGACUUUGCAGGAGCCGUGGUCUACCUUUCGGGUAACAAAGUCUCUGAGCCAUCCAAUUACAAGCUAAGAGUGGAAGGCGGUCGGACUACUCAGACCGGAAAAUAUGGACAGUUCACAAACCAGGAUGCAAGCAACAGCACUGCCUUGCGGGCUCCUGGAUUGGCUUGUAAGAUUGAGUACAAUGACAACGGUCUGGACGAUCCUUCACUGAAUGCGGAGGUCAAGGUGGAGGAGUCCUCCAAUAUCUUGUACCCUUCAGUAGUCCCGCUGAUCAUGGAAAUAUCGUCGACUGUCAAAGACGUUGUCAGUAGCGAUGAUGACGACAAGAAAUCACUGCAGACGAAAUCUUCGCCGCAGAAAUUCAUGAGCGUGGAUGAAGACAACAUUCUGACUGCUGAUCCUAGCACAGUCCUGGGUCGGACAAGGCUGGAUCUUGGUCUUCGCAUUUGCCGACAGGAAUUCAGUCUCAGCUGCCAGCCUAUUGCUCGAGUCGCAGCUACGGCUCGCUUUGACGAUAUUUAUCUCACUUUCAACACUGUACGAUCAACUGAGCAUGGCCACUUCUUCGCUGCUUCGGCUGCAUUCACUAGACUACAGGCCUCAGUACAGCAUGUCUACUCUCGCGAGUCUACUGGAAGCUUCGACGUGGACUCCGUUUUCCUAUCCUUAAUGAAUAGCAAGCACGUCAGUGGUACUAGUGGAAUAUCUGCCAUUUUGAAAAUCAGCCCAAUGAAAGUGCUAGUUAACGCAAAGCAAUUGCAGGACUUUCUGCUCUUCCGGGAGAUCUGGGUCCCGCCCGAGAUUCGGCAGUCCUCGCCUGCACCUGCACCAGCGCCAGCAAAUUUACAGUCGCAAACAUUUCUUGUCCAAAGAUACCAACAAGUCGCAGCUACCGGAGCAUUCCCUUGGAACGCAACCGUCUCAAUUGCCGAGCUGGAUGUACAAUUGGACCUGGGGCAAGCAAUUGGCAAAUCCGCCUUCAUCAUUUCAAAUUUCUGGAUUUCUUCAAAGAAGAAUUCCGAUUGGGAGCAGAACCUGUGCCUGGGCUUUGACAAAGUCGGGGUAGACAGUACAGGGAGGAUGAGCGGAUUCGUGUCUCUCCAAGAUUUCGGAGUACGAACAUCGAUUCAGUGGCCGGCCCGCGAAAUGGCUUUGAAUCAGACUCCACUGGUCCAAGGAUCCUUGUCAUUCAGCCAGCUUCGUAUCAAAGCGGCGUUUGAUUAUCAAGCCUUCUUGGUCGCUGAUAUCACUUCCUUCAAAUUUAUGAUGUAUAAUGUCAGGAAUAGCCGCCAUGGGAUGGGUGAUCGUCUCAUGGCAAUCCUCGAUGGAGAAUCUGUGCAAGUCUUCUGCACUACCGCAACUGCUUCCCAGUGUCUUGCACUGUACCAGGCUUUUGAAAGGCUGGUCCAGGAGAAGAGGUCAAAUUACGAGACUUCACUAGCGGAAAUCGAGAAGUUUAUGAAGCGUAAAUCAGUAACACAACACUCUACAUCCACGCCAAAGAGCCACCUUGAUGCGUUACGGGAGGAAAAAGUCACUGGUUCCCGGAUAUCCCUUCAUACCGAUGUAAUCGUGACCCUGAAGGCUGUGAACAUGGGAGUCUUCCCAAACACCUUUCUAGAGCACCAAGUGUUCAAGCUCGAAGCCCUUGACGCACAAGCCCGGUUCGCCGUCACAAUGGACAAUGGCAAGAUCCACAGCACUCUGGGCCUGACCCUGGGCCAACUCCGCAUCGGCCUCGCAGGCGUGCGGCAGUCCGACUUCCCUAAAUCCGUCGGCGAAAUCUCCGUCGACGACGUCGUCAGCAGCGCCACCGAAUCCCGCGGCGGCACCAUCCUCAAGGUUCCUAAAGUCGAAGCCACAAUGCAAACCUGGCAAGUGCCUAAUUCUAACCACAUCGACUACAUCUUCAAAUCCUUCUUCGAAGGCAAAGUAGAGGUUGGGUGGAAUUAUUCUAGGAUCAGCUAUAUCCGCGGCAUGUACGCGUCUCAUACGAAAGCGCUUGCGCAGAGACUGGGGAAGCCGCUGCCGCCGUCGGCGGUCAAGAUCACUGGGGUGCCGGACGAAGAGGAUCCUCAGCAGAGAAAGGAGGGCGAGCAGCGGAAGAUUACGGCGGAGGUUAAUGUACCGCAGUCCAAGUAUAACUACACUGCGCUUGAGCCGCCUAUCAUCGAGACGCCGCAGUUGAAGGAUAUGGGAGAGGCAACGCCGCCGCUGGAAUGGAUCGGGCUUCAUAGAGACAGGCUCCCCAAUCUGACGCAUCAGAUUGUUAUUGUGACAUUAUUGGAACUGGCGUCGGAGGUUGAGGAUGCUUAUGGGAAGAUCCUGGGGUCUUCUUGA